CCGUAAUGUUUUGCUAAUAUCUUUAAAAUGACAUGUCGUGAUGUGUUCUCGGUCGACUUUAAUAACCAUUAAGGGAAUCAUCUCCUCACCUUACCAUCUUGUUACAUCGCUUAACACACGAUAUCUACUACACUUUAUUCAUUUCGACACAAGCUAUCAAUUUGACGUUGGGAAUGCAGGUUUGACCGCCGUAAAUGUGAUUAAAACGCUAUAAAAUGAAGCCUUUCAUGGGUCCUAAAUAUGUUAAAGUAUUAAAAUAUGGAUUUUGAUUUACAAAGUGUUGUUUAGAGAAAAGAACGCGACCGCUUUGGCCGUCAGGGCAACACAACGAGGGCAGCAUUCCUCCACACCUCUCCCAUUAGAGGGGACUGGUAACCAGUGGGCGCAGCGCAGGUCCAGUCGAGCUCCCCGUCUGAACGCUGCACGCCGCGGCUCCUGGUUCUCAAGCAAAGCUACAUCGGAGGAGGAAGAACAGGGGGUUUUCGGAUAUCAUCCAACCCAGUGACUGUAUGCAACGUUCGGCUGAUAGAAGCAGAGCCCGUCGUGUUGGAGGAUUAGGAUGUCGGAGUUCCUGGUGAGUCUGCUCGGAGAGCGGCUGGUCGACAGUGAGCAAGCCGAGGUGGACGUGCAGGCGCUGGGCGGCAGGUUGUCCCUGGUCGGGCUCUACUUCGGCUGCAGCCAGAACGCCCCGUGCAAGCAGUUCAAUGCCAGCCUGUGUGAGUUUUACAGCAAAUUUAAGAAAACCUCUGAACAUAAGGAUAAAUUGGAGAUCGUCUUCAUCUCGUCCGACCAGGACCAGAAACAUUGGCAGGACUUUUUACAGGAGAUGCAAUGGCCUGCGUUGCCGUUCAAAGACAGACACAAAAAGAUGAGGCUGUGGAACAAGUACAAGGUGACCAGCGUGCCGUCGCUGGUGUUCGUGGACGCGGCCACGGGGAAGGUGGUCUGUCGGAACGGGCUGCUGGUGGUCCGGGACGACCCUAAAGGCCUGGAGUUCCCGUGGGGGGCCAAGCCGUUUGCGGAGGUGGUGGCCGGGCCCCUGCUGAGGAACAACCGGCAGGCGGCGGACAGCGGCUCCCUGGAGGGCCACUACGUCGGGGUCUACUUCUCAGCACACUGGACGCUGAGGAGGAGGGGGGAGCUGGAGCCGGCCAAGGAGCUGGUCCAGCCCGUCGCCCUCAAGCUCAUGGCCUCGUCCAAGGCCAAGGACGAGGAGAUGCCCCUGCUGUUCUUCGUGGCCGGAGAGGACGACAUGACGGACUCCUUGCGGGACUACACCAACCUGCCCGAGGCGGCGCCGCUGCUCACCAUCCUGGACAUGUCCGCCCGCGCCAAGUACGUGCGCGACGUGGAGGAGAUCACGCAGGACGUCGUCGACCAGUUCGUCAGCGACUUCCUGGACGAGAAGCUCAAGCCCGAGCCCAUCUGAGGACCGGACCCCCGCGUCUAAAGACUCAAAGCCCCCCUCCCCCCCCUCCCCCCCUUGUUGCUAUGCCCCUCCCCCUCCCCCGACUCUGUCAGACUGUUAGAGACUUGUCGACUGACAUCUUACAUCUUUCGGUUGUUGUUUUUUUACUCGCCCCUCUUCCAUGGAGUCCGCUCCCCUCCUGUGGUGCCUUGCGUUGACUGAAGCCCCCACAGUAAGAUACAUAUAAAUACAUCUAUGUGUUUAUAUGCAUUAGCUGCUCGGUCUGCAGUCGAGCAUUUAUUUGUUUUGGUUCCCCCCCUCUCUCCAGAAGACACCAGCCCGUGAGCCGAUGGACCUACACACGUACUUAGCGGCGAGAGCCUUGCUACAUUUGGUUUUGUGAUACCAGCCGGGGAAAGAAUAGCUGGCAGAUGAGAUGUUCACCGUACACGUGUGCUAAUGAGCCAGUUGGAUGUAGCUGUUCGCUUUUUAAGGCAAUCUCUGUUGUGUUUGACUGAACAUGUCGUAAAGGACUCGAUAUUUCCUAGGAAUAGGCUUAACUUAAUCCUGUCUUAUUCUUAUGGUGGUUUUCAUCUCACCACAUUUUCCGUGGUCCCUCCGAUUCAAAAGGCACGACACGCUUUGCGAAGAGAUUGUAUAAUUGUUGUGUAACUUCUUGCCAUUGCCAGGUUGUAUUUCAACUCACGACUUCACAAUCAUUAAAAAUUCACUGUCAAGCACAAA